GCGGGCGGGCGGGCGGGCGCAGGGAAUAUAAGCGGCCCCGCCGUGCCGCGCUGGGAAGCCGCCCUGCCUCGGCCCCGGGCCCUGGAGGGACAUGGUCCCCGCGCACCGGUGCCCGUGAGCCGUGCGCGCCCCGGGCCCCUGAUCCUCCGUGCGCUCCGAUCUCGCGUCCUGCGGCUCCCCCGGCGCAGGUCCCUCUGAGCUUCGAACCCGGACACCAUGCAGAGCAGGCGCGUGCCCUGGGGGGCGCUCUCCGCGGUGCUGAUCGUCAUCUGGGGCCACCCGCGAGUGGCCCCGGCCUGUCCCCACCCGUGUGCCUGCUACGUGCCCAGCGAGGUCCACUGCACUUUCCGGUCCCUGCCUGCCGUGCCCGCGGGCAUCUCCAAACAGGUGGAGAGGAUCAACUUGGGGUUCAACAGCAUCCAGGCCAUCUCGGAGACGUCCUUUGCAGGGCUGAGCAAGCUGGAGCUGCUUAUGAUCCACGGCAAUGACAUUCCCAGCAUCCCCGACCGAGCCUUGAGGGACCUCAGCUCCCUGCAGGUCUUCAAAUUCAGCUACAACAAGCUGCGCGUGGUCACCGGAACCUUCCGGGGCCUGUCGCGGCUGGUGCGGCUGCACGUGGACCACAACCAGAUCGAGUUCGUGCACCCGCACGCCUUCGAGGGGCUGCUGUCGCUGCGGCUGCUGCAGCUGGAGGGGAACCGCCUGCACCAGCUGCACCCGGCCACCUUCUGCACGGUCAGCUUCCUGGGCGUCUUCCGCCUGUCCACGCUGCGGCACCUCUACCUGGCCGAGAACGCGCUGCGGGGGCUGCCGGACGGGGUCCUGCACGCCAUGCCGCUGCUGGAGACCCUCUACCUGCACGGGAACCCCUGGGCCUGCGACUGCACCCUGCGCUGGCUCCUGGACUGGGCCGCCAGGAACAAAGGGAUCCUCAAGUGUAAGAAGGACAAAGCCUACGAGGGUGGCCAGUGGUGCCCGGCGUGCUCGUCUCCCCGGGACUUGGAGCCGCGGGAGCUGCUCGGGCUGACCGCAGUCCCCUGCGUGAAGCCGUCCAUCGCGUCCCCUCUGAGACAGAGCCUGAGCUCCUCGGAGCAGGAGGACGAGGACGAGAAGGACAAGGAGGACGAGGAGGACAGUGACUCCGACGAGCACGAUGGGGACGAGGAGGACGGGCUCGGGGGCCUGCAGGACGCGUCCUCGUCCUCCUCGGGCUGGAACGUGUCCUUCAACCUGACGGACGAGCACGGGAACGCGGUGCUCCUGCCGUGCGGCAUCAGGAGGCCCAGAGGCGUCCGCAGCGUCCACCUCAACCAGACCGACGCCCCCGAGGUCCACCUCAACGCCACCAUCGCGCUGGACUUGCGCUGCCCUGUGACGCGGGACACCUACGAGAGGCUCUGGAAGCUCAUCGCCUACUACAGCGAGGUCCCCGUCAAGCUGACCCGGGAGGCUGCGCGGGGCGGUGGCCCGAGCUAUCGGUACCGCCAGGCGGCCGCCGACGACGCCCUGUAUUACACCGGCGUCCGCGCCCAGAUCGCGGCCCGGCCCGAGUGGGUCUUGCAGAGCUCCGUGUCCAUCCAGCUGGACCGGCGCCGGAGCACGGCCAGCAGGGUCCUGCUGUCCUACACGGCCCAGUACUCGCAGACCAUCUCGGCCGCGGACGCCCACGGGCCAGCUCGCGGCACAAGCUGGGUCAUGAUCGAGCCCGGGGACGGGCAGCACCGAGCCCUGACCCUGCUGGAAGGGGAGCCCGGCCAGCUGAGCUGCCGCGUGAAGGCCUCCGAGAGCCCGGCCAUCUCCUGGGUGCUGCCCGACGGCUCUGUGCUCAGGGCGCCCGGGCAGGGGCAGGGCGGCCGGCUGUCGGCGCUCAGCGGCGGCUGGCUGAAGAUCAGGGCCGCCGAGCCGGCCGACUCCGGCCUCUACCGGUGCGUCGCGGAGGUGAGGGACGAGGUGGACCAGAUGGCCUUCAGGGUGCUGGUGCAGGCGCCCGGCGCCCAGUCCCUGGAGAGCUCCAUGGUGACCGUGGAGAAGGACGCCGGGGAGCCCGUGUCGCUGCCCUGUCGCGCCUCUGCCGUCCCAGAAGCCCACGUCAGCUGGAUUCUCCCCAAUAAAAGGAUCCUGGAUGGCUCGGCCAACGCGUCCCACGCAUACAUGCUGGCCGACGGCACGCUGUCCAUCCCCAGCGCGCAGGCCGCGCACAGCGGCGAGUACAGAUGUGUGGCCGUCAACCUGCAAGGCGCUGACCACUUCUCCGUGGGCGUCUCCGUGAGGAGGACGGGGGCCGGCCGGGCGGGGAAGAGAGGCAGGCGCCCGGGGGCCAGGCCCGGCUCGGGGACCCACGGCCACGUGGCGGAGGACGGGGAAGGCUCCGGGCUGGCAGACCAGGAGGACCCGGCCGGGAAGGGCCUUCCUCCCAAGGACCAAGAGGCGGCCUUCUCCAAGGCGGAGGACGAGGGGGCCCCGGGGAGCAGGACCCCGAAGAAGAAGAAGCAGGCCAGGAGGAAGCUUAAAGUGUGGAAGCCCUCGCGGAAGGAGCCGGACAGCAGCAGCGUGGCCGAGGGCCGCAGGGCGUUCGAGUCCAGGCGCAGGGUCAACGUGGCCAGCAAGCAGAUCAACCCCGCGCGCUGGGCGGACAUCCUGGCCAGGGUGCGGGGCGGGAAGGCUCUCCCCAAGGCCAGCGAGGCGCCCCGGGAAGCCACCACCACUGCGCCUCAAGCCAGGAGUCCGGAGGGGCGGCCCCCGUCCCCCGCAAUGGCUCCCCCACCCGGGUCCCCCACCCAGGGAGCCCCGGAUCUGGAGGAGGCAUCCGCACAGGCGCCUCUCUUCGUGGAGGAAGAACAAGGCUCCAGCACCAGCUCCUCCCCGGGGAUGGAGCACGAAGGUGGCCACGGAGAAGGCGGCCACGGAGAAGGCGGCCACGGAGGAGGCGGCCACGGAGGAGGCGGCCACGGAGGAGGCGGCCACGGAGGAGGCGCCGCUCUCCCCGAGCCCCAAGUGUCCGGCCCCCCUCUGCAUGAGGAAGGCCCUGGUGGGUACUUUCUGGAGAAGCCCGAGGCUCCGUCUCCAGCCGGCUCUGAGCUGGACUGGGAGCUGACCGCCGUCCCCGGGCCGGAUGCCCCUCGGGCAGUGAGUCUGUGGACCCCAGAGGACACCACGGAUGACCAGACGGCCACAAGUGCUCGGCCUGCACCGGUAGAACCCGUGACACGACCCAGGAGGAAGCAGGAAAAGCCCCCGUUGGGUGCCAGCCCCUCCGCUGAGCCCCAGACUGUGAAGCACGCCCACCCAGAUGGACAGAAUAACACACUCCUGGACGUGCAGACGGCUCCCGAAACCGAGCUGCCCACGGCGAGCUCGGGGGUCUCCAGUGUGCCCAAGUCGUUUGGAAAUUCCUCUUUAGGGAAGCAAGAGAUGUCAGCCUGGUCACACGGACAAGGAAGACCAGGCGGUGCCCUGCCGCUGGGAAAUAGUGUGGCCACUGCACGGGCUCCAGCUAGGAAGAAAGGCCUGGAAGACGGGGUUUUGGGGGAGACGCCCACGUCCAGAUCCCCUGAGGGCGCAGGGGAAGACGUCACACCUGAAGCCCCAUUCACACAGGCCGGGGAGGUCGCCCCUGGGGAGGAACCGGGCAGAGGCGUCACCCCAGGAGCAGAGGCCACAGCAAGCCACGCGGCCACUCGGCCGCCCACACUGUCGCCCCCGUCCACCCGAAGGAGACCCGGGGGCAGGAGGCGGCCGCGCCCCCACAAAUCUCGGCACCGCCAGAAACAAAUCCCCCCGACACCCUCUGCCCUGUCAGGGGCGCCUCCAACCCCACCUUCUGCAGAAACGGGGAUCCCGAAGCCUGCGCAGAGCUCCCCGGCUCCCACCUCUUGGGGAGACACCACGGUCCCUGUCCCUGAGCGGCCGGACGCAGAGAAACACGCGGAAUCCGCAUCCAGGGGGACCGCACGGAGGAGAAACGGGAAAAGGCCCCACAGACACCGAGCUGGCGCCGCCACCCCGACCUCAAAGAGCUCCGUGCCCCAGCCCGGUGCUCCCCCCGAAAGUCAGCCCGAGCCAGCCCUCACUGCCGGGGCACAAACUGCACCCCCACCUGCAGAAACGGGAGCCCCAGGCGGGGUGACCAGACUGGAAGAUGAUGUCACAGCUGCCCCCCAGGCCCCAGGGCCUCAUCGUACAGUCCAGGAGACGGUUCUGGGCACGCAGCAGCCCGAAGCAGAUCCAGAGGGAACCACGGAUCCACAAGGAGCCACGGGUCUACAAGGAGCCACGGGUCCACACGGAGCCAUAAGUCCACAAGGAACCAUGGGUCCACAAGGAGCCACGGGUCCACAAGGAGCCAUAAAUCCACAAGGAGCCACGAAUCCACAAGAAACCACGAGUCCACAAGGAGCCACGAGUCCACAAGGAGCCACGAAUCCACAAGGAACCACGAGUACACAAGGAGCCACAGGUCCACAAGGUACCAUGGGUCCACAAGGAGCCACGAGUCCACAAGGAGCCAUGAAUCCACAAGGAGCCACGAGUCCACAAGGAGCCAUGAAUCCACAAGGAACCACGAGUACACAAGGAGCCACGAGUCCACAAGGAGCCACGAAUCCACAAGGAGCCAUGAAUCCACAAGGAGCCACGAGUCCACAAGGAGCCAGGAAUCCACAAGGAACGACGAGUCCACAAGGAGCCACGGGUCCACAAGGAGCCACGGAUCGUGGGAUCGCCCACGCAAGCGGUCUUGGAGACGGCGCGGGGCUCUCUGGCCAGCUGGAUGCUGAUGAGCCAUCAACGGCUCGCCCCUCGGUGUCCAGCGCAGGGCAGCCCAAGGCCGAGGCCCGUCCUGCAGGCGAUCCUGGGAAUCCAGGCUGGCAUCACCCCAGGACAGCCCAGCCAGGGCCACCAGCCACCAGGGCUCCUGGCGUCCACUUAGAGGAGGACAUCACAGACCUUUUGCUCUUCAGAGAGCUGGAGGCCAGAGAGGCCACCUCUCCGCCAUCACCCGCUGUCACCAGCGUGGAGUCAGGGCCACGGGGAGAUGUCUGGCCCCCCGACGCCUCCCCCAGCGCAGGGCUGGAGCCAUCUUUAGGGCAGUCGAGAGGCGCCACCGGGGCCCCGGAUGGCGGGCAAAGCACGGUGGUGGUGCCCGUCCUUGCUGAAACCACACCGGAGAGUCCCAUGCCCACCGUGGCCCGGGGGGAGGACCCGGCCACCUCCUCCCUCCCCAGAGCUCCUCGGACCUCAGCAGUGACCCCCACGAAGCUGUGGCCAGCCUCUGCCGGCGCAUUGCCCGGGUGGCCCGAGCCCACGGGAAAGGUUUUCUCCAGCUGGGCGGGAAACCCAGAGACCACGGCACCCACAGAGGACAGAGACCCGCUUGUGCAGCAGUGGACACCCGAGGAGCUGUCCACUCUGGCUCCCCGCCGGGACGGAUGGAACGUUUCUGCCAAGCCCGGGUUGGUGGACGGCAGGACGGGGAACAGCUUACCGCGUGGUCCGGACGGCCACCUCCAUCGUGGGGAGGUCCAGCCGGCGGGGUACCCCGCAGAGCCCACCCCGCCGAGGGGAUCCGAGAGGCCGCCUCUCCGAACCUCACAAGGCCCCGUGAGACACUUUGUGACUUUCCAGCCACCGCGCGGCUUCACCCAGAAACCGGAGACGACCACGCGUCCCUCCAGGGUCUGGCUGCAGGGCAAACAGCUCACGACCCCCCGGGCCCCCAGCACCUCGACUCCCGGCGCACAGACCCCGGGCACACCCCGCGUCCCCAGCAGGCUGCCCGACCAAAGAUCGAACCCAGUCAGCGGCUACUCCAGAGCCCUGGGGAACAACAUCCCGGAGCAGGGGAGCCCCGUCCGGGAGCCUCCAAAGCCCAGCCCUCCUUACGCCCCCCGGUUCCCGUUCCCCACCAGCCGGACCUUCGCUUUCCCGCCGUCCAGAGUCACCCCAAAGCCCCCCUCGGCCACCUCCCCAGCCCCAGGAGCCAGACAAAGAAAGCCCGUCUCUGGCCCCUACAGCAGGUUCCCGCCCCAGGGCUUCCCGUAUGUGGAUCUGGGGCCCCCGGCACCCCCAAUACCUCACUUUGCCCGGACUGCCACCCCCUUUCACAACGGCCCCCUGGCGUACCCCACCCGGAGCUCCAGCCCCUUCCUGACGCCCCCCGGCCAGUCCCCCGGGGGUUCCCGUGACGUCAGCACCAAGAUCUUCAUCCGAGGGCCUCCUGCCCCCCAGUUCUGGACGCCCGGAGAAAAACCCCAGAUUAUCAGCAAAUCCCCCCAGACGCUGUCCGUCACCGCGGAAUCGGACGUGAUGUUCCCGUGCGAGGCGACCGGCGAACCCCGGCCUUUCAUCACCUGGACCAAGGUCUCCACAGGAGCCCUGAUGACCCCCAACACCCGGCUCCCGCGCUUCGAGGUCCUGAAGAACGGGACCCUGCUCAUCCGCAGGGCGCAGGUUCAAGACCGCGGCCAGUACCUGUGCACCGCCAGCAACCCGCACGGCGUGGACAAGACGGGGGUGCUGCUGACCGUCACGGCCCAGCAGCCCCGGAUCCUGACGUCCCCCUACCAGGACGUCACGGUCUACCUGGGGGACACCGUCGCCGUGGAGUGCCUGGCCAAGGGCACCCCGGCACCGCAGAUCUCCUGGGUCUUCCCGGACGGCCGCGUCUGGCACUCGGCGUCCCCCGCCGAGGGCAGGGUCACCCUGCACCCCAACAGGACCCUGACCAUCAGGGACGCGUCCUUCGCUGACCGCGGCGUGUACAAGUGUGUGGCCAGCAACACGGCGGGCGCGGACAGCCUGGCCAUCCGGCUGCACGUGGCCGCGCUGCCCCCGGUCAUCGGCCAGCAGAAGGCCGAGAACAUCUCGCUGCCCCCGGGCCUGAGCGUCCACAUCCACUGCUCGGUCACGGCGGCGCCCCCGGCCAGCCUGCGCUGGGUGCUGCCCCAGGGCGCCCACAUCCGGCCCUCACAGUUCCUGCACGGAAACCUCUUUGUCUUCCCCAACGGGACGCUCUACAUCCGCAACCUGGCGCCCAAGGACAGCGGCCGCUACGACUGCGUGGCCACCAACUCCGUGGGCUCGGCGCGCAGGGCCGUGCAGCUCAGCGUCCAGCGCACAGCGGCCCACGCGCGCAUCACCCGCGCCUCGCCCCGCAGCACCGACGUCCGGUACGGGGGGACCCUGCGGCUGGACUGCAGCGCCUCGGGGGACCCCUGGCCACGCAUCCUCUGGCGCCUGCCGUCCAAGCGCAUGAUCGACGCGCUGUAUAGCAGCUCGGACAGCAGGGUGCGGGCCCUGGCCAACGGGACCCUGGUGGUGAAGUCCGUCACCGACACGGACGCGGGUGACUACCUCUGCGUGGCCAGGAACAAGCUGGGGGACGACCACGCGGUCCUGCGCGUCAACGUGGUCAUGAAGGCCGCGCAGAUCCAGCACAAGGAGAACGACCAGAGCGUGGUGCACGGCGGCGACCUGAGGGUGGACUGCGUGGCCACCGGGCUGCCCAGCCCCGAGAUCUCCUGGGGGCUGCCCGACGGGAGCCUGGUCAACUCGCUCAUGCAGUCGGACGCCGCCGGCGGGGGCCGAGCCAAGCGCUACGUGGUCUUCCACAACGGCACCCUGUACCUCAACGAGGUGGGCCCGCGCGAGGAGGGCGACUACACCUGCUUCGCCCAGAACCGGCUGGGCCAGGACCAGAUGCGGGUGCACGUCAGGGUGCUGGCCGACGGCCCGGCCGCGCGGAACCACAGCUACGGCGCCGUGCAGGUGUCCUACGGGGACGUGGUCAGCGUGGCCUGCGAGGCCACGGGCCGGCCGGUGCCCGGCGUGACGUGGCUGUCUCCCACCAACAAGGUGAUCCCCGCGUCCUCGGACAAGUACCGGGUCUUCCCCGACGGGACCCUGCUGGUGCACAAAGCCCAGCGCUCGGACAGCGGGAACUACACGUGCGUGGCCAGGGGCCCCGAUGGCGAGCGCAGGACCACCGUGUGGGUGCACGUGCGCCUGGAGCCCCCCAGGAUCAACGGGAACCCCGACGCCACGGCCACCGUGCGGGAGGUGGCGGAGGCCGGCGGCCGGGAGCUGCUGGACUGCGAGGCCCGGGGCGUGCCAAGGCCCCGCGUGCUGUGGGCCUUCCCCGAGGGGGUCACCCUGCCCGCCCCCUACUACGGAAACAGGGUCACCGUGCACCGCAACGGCUCCCUGGACAUCAGGAGCCUCCGCACGGCCGACUCGGGCUCCCUGACCUGCAUCGCACGCAACGCGGGCGGCGAGGCCAGGCUGACCGUGCAGCUGACCGUGCUGGACGCCGCGCAGAAGCCGGCCUUCCGCGACCCCCUGAGCGAGCACAUCACGGCCGCCGCCGGCCACACCAUCAGCCUCAACUGCUCGGCCGGCGGGACGCCGCCGCCCAGCCUGCUCUGGGUGCUGCCCAACGGCACCGAGCUGCAGGCCGGGCAGCGGCUGGGCAGGUUCGGCCACGGCGUGGACGGCAGGAUGCUCAUCACCGGGCUGUCCCCGGCCGACGCGGGCGCCUACCGCUGCGUGGCCCGCAACGCGGCCGGCCACGCGGAGAGGCUGGUGGCCCUGAGCGUGGGGCCGCCGCCCGAGCCCAGCAGGCAGUAUCUGCACCACAACGUGGUCAGCAUCGUCACCGGCGAGACCCUGCGUCUGCAGUGCGCCCUCCCGGGCGGCCCCCGGCGUGGACGCUUCUCCUGGACGCUGCCCGGCGGGACGACGCUCAGCAGUCCCCAAGCGCUGGGCCGCGUCUCGGCCCUGGACAACGGCACCCUGACCGUGCGGGAGGCCUCGGUGUUCGACCGGGGGACCUACACGUGCAGGACGCACACGGAGCACGGCGCGUCCACCACCGUGACCGUGCCGGUCAUCGUGAUCGCCUACCCACCCCGCAUCACCAGCGAGCCCGCCCCGUUCAUCUACACGCGGCCCGGGGACACGGUGAAGAUGAGCUGCAGGUCCGUGGGGAUCCCCAAGGCGGACAUAUCGUGGGAGCUGCCCGACAAGUCGCAGCUGGUGGCCGGGGCCCAGGGCCGUGUGCACGGGAACAAAUUCCUGCAUCCGCAGGGCUCGCUGACCAUCCAGCAGGCCACGACGCAGGACGCCGGCUUCUACAAGUGCACGGCCAAGAACGUCCUGGGGACGGACUCCAAAGUCACCUACGUCCACGUCUACUGAGAUGUCCACGGACCGGGUGGACGGCCGGGUCGUCCUUUGGAAGGGGCCAGAGGGGCCAUUUGUAAGCACACCGGGGCUCUGGGGCUUUGCAGACGUCAAGGAUGCACGGGGCGCACUGGAUGCCGGUUGGGUUCCAAGUCGGGGUUCGCUUCGAUUUAAGCUCCGGGGAUCUCCAGCCGAGGUCACCUUGCAGUCCAGCGCUUGGGUUUGGAGCUGAAGGUCUUCUGCUCCAGCUCAGGCCAGCUCCGGGCGUGGGUAGCAUGGUGGACACCAUCGUCAGCUCCUCAGGUUGCAAAUGAAGCCCUGACUUGGGGUCUUGGGUUAGAAGUUGGCCUUGACCCUGAGCUGGACUUCCGGGGUUCGGGGUGGAGGUCAGCCUUAACCCGGGCUCCUUGCAUUGCAAGUUUAACCUUGACCCCGGCUCCGUGACCCGGAAGUUCUUCAGGCAGCAGGAAGGAAGUCGCCUUGAGGACUUUUUUUACAACACCCCAAAAAACGUCACCGGCCCAUCCUGGGAGACGGGAUCGCCCUGCAAUUUCUGUUUUUACCAAAAUCACGUGCCUGGCUCUCUAAGCAUCCGUAGGGUACUUCGGGGCCAUUUUCUGGUAACAAAUUUUUCCAAUAAACAGAGCCUGAAGACCCCCCAAAGACCCCCAGCAACCUCAGCAAGGCCGACAUGAUGGAACGUUCUAGAACAGAUCCAGUUAGGUGGUCUGCGGUUCCAAAGCUCCAGUGCCUGCAAUAAAGUCUUAAGACCAUCCUGAUCACUAUUUUUGUUGAAAUCUGCAUUCCCACACUUCACAGCUGCCAUUUGUAGAUGAAAGAACUCUCUCUCUCCCUGAAAAUCACUUUUUAUAUAGUUAUAUAUAAAUAUAUAUUUUUUUCUUUCUAAUGAGACGAUGAGACUAGCAAGGGAAAUAUUUCCCGUCUCGUUAAAAAAUAAUAAAUUAUUGGUCUUUACAAGACUCGGGUAUAUGGAAAUCCAAUUAAUGCAAAAAUAAAAAUUAAAAAUUCAAUCUCUCUCCAAUCUCCUGCAAAUUCAAUAACCACUGUGAUAUUCCUUUUCCUGGGCUGGGAUACUGAAUACCUAAAUUAAUGGUGAAAGCUGUGGUCUGUGAGGGGAGCGGAGGGCCAGAGGAAACAGAAAAUUAAGUUAUGAUCUCACAAAACCGAGUAUAGAAGGUUCCAGAAAAGUCUGGAAACUUCUCUGCAGGAUCACAGCUCGCUGCGUGGUCCAAGCCAUUUUCUCCCUCUUGGCUGUGGGCAUUGGUCCAUGCUCACACCGAUGAGAGAGCUGUUAUUUUCAUGGCUGCUUUCCUGUACUUUUAAGGUCCAUUGGCUGUACAUCGAAUAAUAAAAUGAUAUUUUCCGAA